AUGGACUUUUUGCUAAAUGUGGAUUUGUUACAGGACUCUGCUUCCAUGGUACUCGUAGGGGCACUUUGGGGUUGCACGAAUCCGCUGUUGCGAAAAGGUUCCGUCGAAGCGGCCAGAUACACUCGACGCAACGAGUCGUUUCUCCAGAGCUCGUUGCGAUCCUUACUCAACGUCAAAGUUUGGCUCCCUUAUAUACUGAAUCAGUCUGGUUCUCUUGUCUUUUACUUUCUGCUAGCCAAAUCCGAUCUGAGUCUGGCGGUGCCUAUUUGUAAUGCCUUGGCGCUCGUCUUUUCGUUUGUGACAAGCCUGGCAUUGGGAGAGAAAAUGCAAAAGCCCAUUCGGUCCUUUCUGGGAGCCACAUUGGUAGUGGUGGGAGUGACUAUUUGUGUUUCGACGCAAGAGGAACAAAGCUGA